AUGAAAAACGGUAAACGCACUUGGGAUGUCUGGUUCCUUGACUGUUUGUCUCACACAUGGCACAGCGUCCCGUCCAUGAAGAUGGCUCGUGCUUCAGCAUCGGUAAGCCUUGUAGACGAGGGGUGGAGGAUUGCCCAAACUGGGCAGACUCAAAAGAGGUGUUCGAUCCAAACACUAAAACUUGGGAGUCAUGCAUGGCUUCCGUAUUAUGUUGAGACUAAAACAUAUGCUCUGGAUAUCCAACAAAGUGUGGUGCUAGAUGAUAAUGGGACGAGUACGAUUUUUGCGGUGGAUGAGGAUGGUCAAAGCUUCUACAUCGUGCCAAGUGAUGGCAUAUCCCUUGGAGAAACAAAUUCUAAGCAGCCAGGACACCGAAAAGAUUGGUGUGUCAUUGGGAAAGAGUUACUGUUGUGCAACUCUGCCGGGAACAUUGUCAUAUUCUGGAACAAGCAGCUUGACGAUAUUGAGGGGAAUGUGGAGCUAUGGUGUGCUGAGAUUUCUGUGGAGAGACGCAAGGGAGGAGAGGUUUGGGGGAAGUGUGAGUGGUCCGAUGCUGUCGUCAAACUUUAUCCUGAUUUCUCACACGCAUAUACCGUUGAGGUCUUAUAUGCUGCUUCUGUCUAUGUCUGA